AUGUCUACCCUUUCUCUGAAUUGGAAGGCGCUCAGCCUGAAGAUUAGUCUGAAGCUGGAUAAAGAGAAAGUGUCGAAACCAAAGAGAAGAAGUCAGCGUCCAAAAAAGUCUCCUUUGAAACUUAAAGAUGAAACUGCAAUCGCGACCACGAAGCUUCUUUCACCUUUAGAGUAUGCUCUUUGGAUUUCUGAAAGAGGCGACAAAUUGCGAAUUAAACCACAGUCUGCUAAGAUUUCUGUUCUUUAUGAUGAUCAUAGAAAGAAAUCUCCUGGAAAGUACAUUGCAAUGGAUUGUGAGUUUGUUGGAGUGGGGGUUGAUAAUCGUUCAGCAUUAGCCAGGGUAUCUAUUGUAAAUUUUUAUGGUGUUAUAAUACUCGAUGAGUUUGUGAAACCAUCAGAAAGAGUUACAGACUGGAGAACAUGGGUUUCAGGCGUAUCACCGAAAGACAUGAACAAGGCAAUUUCCUUUGAGGAAGCCCAGAAGAGAGUUGCUGAUCUUUUGAAGGACAGGAUCCUCGUUGGACAUGCGAUUCACAAUGACUUAAAGGCAUUAGGAUUGUCCCAUGCAAGAUCUGCAACACGAGAUACCGCUCGUUUUUCCGUCUUUCGUAAACAAGCGAAAACAAAGUUUCCAGCUCUUCUGAAGUUGACGUCGCAAUACUUGAACCUUCAGAUACAUAGUGGACAACAUUCAUCAGUUGAGGAUGCCCAAGUAACAAUGGCUCUAUUUAGAUCAUUCAUGCCAGCCAUGGAGAAAGAGAGCCUUUAA